CGCUUCGCAGCUCGACUACUGAUAUUUUUGUCGUUUUGACAGUCAGAAAAUUCUUUUGCAAUUUCGAUGAUGCACUUAAGAAAUUUCUGAUAGUAUUACAACAUUCCAAAACUGCUUAAACUCCUAUGUGGAUAUCUAAGAUAGUAGCAAUAGAUGCUAUUAGAGGCUGACUCAGUGCAAAGUGUGUUUGCUGCAAAAUUGGAAAGCAUUGUUGCAACUAUAGCUGUGGCGUAAUAUCAUUUUUUUUUAAUUUGCUUCUGCGGAAGUGCAACACUAUGAUAGUAGCCCCGGAUGUAAUCCCUUAUUAAUUGGCUCGUGGGUGGGUAAACAUAAUCCAGCCCAUCAAGGAAAAAAAAAAGUGGUCAACUUGCGUAACACGUUAAUACGCCAGAUACGAUAGAUCGCGAAAGGUUUCAUCCAAUUAUUGAUAAGAUCUGCGGAAUGCCUCUGGAAAGUGGUUUACCAGGAGUGGCCGGAGCCAAGCCUCUGAUGUUGGGUGCUACGUGCGUUUGUGGUGCUGCAGGUGGAGGCGCUGCGGCUGGUGCUAGCGGUGGUGCUGGUGUCGUCGGCGUAACAGCAAGCUCAACCAGUGUUGGCUCAACUGGGGCAACAUCCGUUGGGGGAUCCACCAGUAAACAACUUGUGGCAGCCAAAAAAUCCCUAAAGCUUUCUAGCUUGGCCGACGAUAUGCUGAUUGGAAUAGGGCCACCUUCGGCUACUGGCAGCCAUCACGAGGAACCGUUCCGUGCCCGGUUGCAUCAGCUAUUCUCGCAGAUCGAACGCGAAUUUGAGCUGCUGCAUGCUGAGAAUCUGAGCCUACAGGAGAAACUAGAUGCCGCCACCGGGACACCGCGUGAUUCUACUACCAGUGAUCGACUGAUACCGCUGCAAGAUGCAUUCGAUGGAGCGGAUGGUGCUGUAAAUAAAAGCUUCAAAUCAAAGUUGGGAAGUGCCGGCGGUAAGGUCAAAGCUAGUCAUAAAAUCCGGGCCCAAACGAGUCGCAUUGUGUCCAGUUUUAAGGCCCAAUCGGUGGUCAGUUCAUUGGUCCGAGAGUAUUGCGGCCACAAGGAUGGCGUAUGGCAAGUCAGUACAAAAACGAGCCAACCGAUUAUCGGAACGGCAUCUGCAGAUCAUAGCGCUUGCAUUUGGGGGAUUGAUACAGGUCGGUGUUUGUUGCAGUAUCAGGGUCAUAGUGGCUCGGUAAAUUCAAUCAAGUUUCAUCAUAAUCGUGAUUUGGUUUUGACUGGUAGUGGAGACGCAACAGCCCAUAUCUGGCAAGCCGCUGUUAAUUGGGAAACUCCCGCGAGGAAGGGCCAUUCUUCUGAAGAAGAACUAGACGAUGAAGAAGAGCCGUACGAGGAGAAGGAGAGGGUUGAUGUACUAAGAACUCCCAUAUGUGAGUUCGCCGGACCGGGUGGUCACACGUCGGUUGUAGUGGCUGCUGAUUGGCUUCCUGGAGGCGAUCAGUUAAUUACGGCUAGCUGGGAUCGGACGGCUAUAUUAUGGGACGUGGAAACACGCGAACCGUUGCAGCCUUUAUGUGGUCACGAUCAUGAACUGACGCAUGCCUCUGCUCAUCAGAGUCAACGUUUAGUUGUAACGGCUUCGAGGGAUUCCACUUUCAGGCUGUGGGACUUUCGUGAUCCUAUACCGGCCGUAUCAGUUUUUCAGGGCCAUACAGAAAGUGUCACCUCCACAGUAUUCACCAGGGAUGACAAAGUAGUUUCCGGUUCAGACGAUCGUUCCGUCAAAGUUUGGGAAUUGCGAAACAUGCGUUCAGCUUUAACGACUAUUCGGACAGAUUCUGCUGUGAAUCGAUUGGCAGUUUCGGCCAGUGGUGUAAUCGCAAUUCCUCACGACAACCGCCACAUCCGUUUGUUCGAUCUUAAUGGCCAACGGAUUGCCCGUUUGCCACGUACAAGCAGACAGGGUCAUCGGCGAAUGGUAUCAUCAGUGGCGUGGACAGAGGACAUCAGUUCCGCAUGCAAUCUGUUCUCGUGCGGGUUCGAUCGUCGAGUUCUAGGUUGGGCAGUGUGUUUGCCUCCCAAAGAUAACUAAGGCACCUUACUCUAAUAUUUAGUAUUGCUGGCUAUAUUGUUUUGUCCACAAUCACACAAGUAUUUAUCAAUUUCAUGUAUGUAUAGACGUUUGUAACGAAUCGUUGUUGUUAACACAUAGGCUCCUGGUCGGGCGACUAAAUAAUCGGACGUCCUUAUUGGUUCCAUGGUAAAAAUUCGAAUGGGUACAACUCUGAAUCAAGUUAUAAAAGAUAUUGUUCUGUCGAUUUCAUGGCACAUACUUUCUUUCUUCAAUGCUUCGAACCACGCGUUCAGCAGCUGCUUAGUAAUCAAAUAGGAAUUUCCGUUAAAGACGAAGCUUAUUUUCUUUUAAAGUUAUACGGGCAUUGGACGUGGUGGAGAAAUAUCAUAUACCUACAUAUAUAGAUGGGUAUGGUUGCCUGUAAUCCUUCUUAGGCGGGUCAAGGAUUUAUAUUGUCCACUAUAUAUCGGGUUGUGUAACACUUGAUAAUUGCAUAGGCUAGAACUGAAUCUCUGACAAAAUUUAUUUAUCAGUUAAUACACAAAGGUCUUUGCGAAUACAUAACACAUAAACCAAAAAUCAAAGAAAACAUAAAAUAAUAAUCCUUCUAAAUGCCCUCAUUGUGCAAAUCGAGGAGAGAAUAGAAUUGAACCAAAAACAAAACAAUAUUAGAGACUGUUAGGAAAGCGUUGCUGGAUCAUUCUACUUUAGUCUUUUCAGAUCGGCGAGGAGAAAUUGGAUGAAUCACAUGUAAGAGAUAAAACAAUUUUUAAAAUAAGGAGUUUCUCAAUUUUAACACGCAAAUAAAUCUAUAAGCUGUGAUUUCAGUGUAGCGUUUCGCCAUUCUUAUAAAUCAUAUCAUUUGCCAUAGACGUGAAAAAAUGUAAACUUCAUGCUGAUUGUGCAUGCGAAAAAUAGCAUAUUAGGAUUAUUUUGCUAUAUUUAAGAUUUCCACUUGCAUGUUGAUUUUUUAUAUAGCGAUAGAAAUGUUGAUUUGUUCUGUAGAAAAGUGUCUUCAGCUGUUCUAAUAUUUUGAUUUUUUUAUCAAGUGUUCAAUUUUUAUCAUGUUUUGGCACGUGUCAUUUCCACCAUUUAGCACUUCAAAUCAUUGGUACGAGUUAGAUAUUUCGGUUCAACGAUUAAUCUUGCACAAGAGAAUUGCAAUCUGCUAUAUCAUGAAUAAAUGAUUGAACUUAAGAUCAGAUUAGAUAUGUACAGUAGAACACACACAAAAACCAUAGGAAUGUACAUAUUUUACCCAAUCACUUGUUUUACAUUCGUCAAUUGAUUGGUAUACUAAAGAAAAACUAGCGGCAAAAAGUCAAUAUACUCAUUUUAUUAUCAAAAACAAUGUUUUCGAAAUGUUAAUAGAUGCAAUAACACGUGUAACUAAAUAAUGUGGGUUUACAAAUAAUAUAUGUUUAUU